AUGAAUACGAUGAUGGACCAGAUUGCAUUAAGGCGCAAAAGAGGAAGGAUCUCGCGCAUAAAUAUCCCCUCACCGCAGAAACACGCGGAUCCUAGGCGGUCUGGGUCGGGUCGGUUUGGGUCAGCUCCUAAACGGCGUCGUUUUGCACCUGGAGAGCCCACCCCAAAACGCUGCCGUUUUGCCAACAGUAUAAAAGCCCAAAAAUAUUAUUUUUUUUCAUUUCAGCAGUUUUGUUUCAAAAAAGGAGUUAAAAACUUUGUUUUCUCUCUAGCUUCACUGGGCAUUGCCCAGAUUCCGGCGUGGGGAUCGCCGUCGGCCGUCGCGGGCGGUGGCCGGGGUACCCAAAAGUCGGGUUUUAGAACCCCGAUCUCGACCCUUCUAAAAAUAUACCCUUUUAGUCCCGAAAAGUCGGAAAAGGAGGGGUUUUUCGUACUCCCUUUUAGUCCGAUUCCAACGCCGAAGGUGGUCUCCGGCGACGGGCUUUCGAGACCGGUGUUGAUGAAGCUAGGCACGGUGGGUGGCGAUGGGACAAGGCAAACGGCAGAGGGAUGGGUGCGGCGCUAGGCUUGGCUAGGGUUUCAUUUUUCUGAAACCCUAGUUGGGGUUUUUUUUGGGAAAUUGGGCUCCGAAUUUGGGCCUCGGGUUUGGGUUGUAAUUGGGCUUGUGGGUUGGUGUUAUUUUGCUGGUAGGGCCUGGGCAAAUUUGGGCUUCUACAGAUAACAAUAUAUAAAAGAUAUUAAUAUAAUUAAUCAAUUUUUUAUUAAAACAACAA